CUAUCUUGACGGCCAGAGUUUAGUGUUUCACUGCUGUCUGCCAGCACUUUACUGUACUGGAGAUGCCAAGAUGGCUGCAAGCAAUUAUUUCGGCUUCACACAUGGUGCCGGUCCGCAGUACAGUACCCAGCCUCCCCCGGCCUACUCCCAUCCCUCUACAGCCAGUUACAGUGUCCAGCAGGCUCCAGCUGUGGCUCAUGCAGUAACUGCAUCGUACGCUCCAGCUCCAGUCCAGGCAGCCCGGCCUGUAGUCUCUGCUCCUUACCCUGCCUAUCAGAGCCACCAGGCCCCCCCUGACUAUGCCUACAGGCAGCCAGAACCCCCAGCGCCUCCACAGCCCACCACCACCCCACAGACGUACCAGGUGUACUCCGACACGCAGGACAACUACAGCUAUGGGCGCCCUGCAGCUGUGACUACAUAUGACAAUAAACAGUACUACCAGACGAGUAUAGCUACAGCUCAGAGGACACCGGCAGAGAAUUACUACCAGACAGUGGGAGUAAAGAGCGCUUACAGUCCAGCACCCACCACUGUGUACAGCCAGCCUCCUCCUCCCCAGAGGCAGAUAACUGCCCUGAAACCUCUGGCGCCUGCCAGUGCUGUGUCUACCAGCUACAACAUCUACCCAGUGUCCACCAGUGUCCAGCAGCCGCCCACACCCAUUUCAUCCUACACCCUCGGCUCCUCCUUCGGCUCCACUGUUGCAGCCACCACCUACUCAGGCAUUAGCUACUCCAGUUAUGAUUCAACUGGCUACACCUCCACAUCCGCUCCCUCCUAUUACCAGCCAGCCCAGCAGACUCUCAACCAGCCGCAGCCUCCACCUCAACAGCCACAGCAGCCGCAACAACCCCAGCCCCCCAUCCAGCCACCACACAAGCAACUGACAAGCUCUUCAUGGAGCAACUCGGGCAGCAACAUGGUGACAGCUCCGGCCGUAAACACCUACAAAAAACCCACGUUUCACCAGAACAAGCUGCAGAAGCCCAAAGGGCCUCCCAAGCAGCCUCAGCUGCAUUACUGUGACAUUUGCAAGAUCAGCUGUGCAGGCCCGCAGACGUACCGGGAGCACCUUGAAGGCCAGAAGCAUAAGAAAAAGGAGGCAGUGCUUAAAUCUGGGGGGCAAACGGGGACCAGCAAUGGGCCCAGAGGGGUCCAGACUCAGUUACGCUGUGAGUUAUGUGAUGUCUCCUGCACCGGAGUGGAUGCCUACGCUGCCCAUAUUCGUGGGGCUAAACACCAGAAGGUGGUGAAACUUCACACCAAGCUGGGCAAACCUAUACCUUCCACUGAGCCAGUGUUGGUGAAUUCUGCUCCAGUUAUCACAACCUCGACAGCUGGGAAACCUCUAGUCUCGACGUCCACUCCUGUCUCUGUCUCAACCACUUCAACGCCCACUGCAACACCCAAACAGGUGGCUGUAAACGCCAUGGUCAAAACAGCAGCACCAAUCAAGAAACCAGCUCCUUCCAAAAUAACUGUCAUUUCCAAUAAGCCUGCCAGCACUCCAGCAACUACAGUGACAGCAGCAGCAGCAGUGGUGGUGGCUGCCAAGGUGGAGAAGCCCAUACAACAGUCAGCUCAGAAAAUGGAGCCUCAGAGUGACGAUGAGGAUGGUGACAGAGCUGGAGGUCAGGGAGACAUCCAACCAGUGGGACAUGACUACGUAGAGGAGGUACGUAAUGAUGAUGGCAAGGUGAUUCGAUUCCACUGUAAACUGUGUGAGUGUAGCUUCAACGACCCCAACGCUAAAGACAUGCACCUGAAAGGAAGAAGGCACAGACUCCAAUACAAAAAGAAAGUGAACCCGGAGCUUCCUGUGGAGAUCAAGCCAAGUAACCGGGCCAGGAAGCUGCAGGAGAGCAAGCUGAAGAAGCAGAAGCAGAAGGCGGUGCUAAAGAGACAGAGAGACGAUGAGCAGCGCUGGCACAUGGAGAUGAGGUCAGACUCAUGGCCAAAGCGAUAUGAGGAGGACAUGUACUGGAGGAGGAUGGAGGAGGAGCAGAUGUAUUGGGGGGAGCAGAGACGCAGAAUGACUCCCCCACCGCUGAUGAGCCGCCCUGGUAUGCCAGUACCCCCUCUACUGACGUGUGUACGUCGGCCAGACUCUCCCGAUGACCGUCACAUCAUGGCUAAACACUCCACCAUUUACCCAGUAGAAGAAGAGCUGCAGGCUGUUCAGAGGAUUGUCUCCCACUCUGAGAGAGCCCUGAAACUGGUGUCAGACUCCCUGCUGGAUAAGGAGAUACCAGCUGUUACUACCGCUGCUGCUGCUGAAGGAGGAGAUGAAAAAGGUACUGAGAACUCAGCACGGCUGCUAAAAGGUGUAAUGAGGGUGGGCAUCCUGGCCAAAGGCCUGCUGCUUCGUGGGGACAGAAAUGUCGAGCUCAUCCUGCUGACUGCUAAGAAACCUACCAUCUCUUUACUGAAGAGCAUUGCCAAGCAGCUGCCCAAGGAACUGGAGACAUUUUCUGAAGAUCAGUAUGAGGUGCAGGCUCACCCCGAGGAGGCGAACAUCGUGAUAUUUUCAAGCAAGGAGCCCAAAAUGCAGGUGACCAUUUCUCUCACCUCGCCGCUGAUGAGGGAGGACACUGCUGCUGAGAAGGACAAGCAGGCAGGAGGAAAAGCGGCUGAGAAAGAUGUGGGUGAAAAGGAUCCUCCUGAUCUUCUGAAUAAGAAGAAAUGUCUGGAAUACCUGGCUGCUCUCCGUCACGCCAAAUGGUUUCAGGCUCGCGCAAACGGGCUGCAGUCCUGUGUGAUCGUCAUCAGGGUGCUGAGAGAUUUAUCUCAGCGGGUUCCUACCUGGGGGAAGAUGCCUGGCUGGGCAAUGGAGCUGCUGGUGGAGAAAGUGAUCAGCAGUGCUACAGGCCCGCUCAGCCCAGGAGAAGCCAUGCGCAGAGUGCUGGAGUGCAUCUCCACAGGCAUCCUGCUACCAGAUGGACCAGGGUUGAUGGACCCCUGUGAGAAAGAGCCAACAGAUGCUUUGGAAAGCAUGAUGCUUCAAGCCAGAGAGGACAUAACUGCCAGCGCACAGCAUGCUCUGCGGCUGCUUGCUUUCCGUCAGAUCCACAAGGUUCUGGGCAUGGGGUCCCUGCCGGCGUCCAAGGCCAGCGCUCGCAACCGCAAACGUCGACGGGAUGGCAGCGACACGGGCGAAGGGGAGGGGGAAGGCAAAAAAGACAAGAAGGAAGAAGUGGAGAGUGCUUGACGACUGCCUACAGAGCAGAGGCGUUUGCUAGUUUAGAGACUGGUAGAAUGUCACAACUUUAAACUUUUCUUAUCUUGGAAACAAUCUUAACACGCAGCUAUACAAAUGAAUAUAACUGACUGUACAUGUUACAUGUCUGCCCUUGAAUUAAGAGGAAUAGGUGUUGGAGGCAGAGGCUGAAAUGUGAGAAUCUGUACUGCAGUUCCUUCCCCCCGUAUAGUAACUUGUUGCAAAUGUGUCUUAAAAUGUGCAGAGAAAAUUGGCUCAGUAAAAAAAAAUCAUGAAAAUGACUUAUCAUUCCAUUUUGCUAUAAUUUCACGCUAACUACAGAUUAUCCCGCCCCUGUUUGUUCACAUUCAGUUGUAUUGUUUACUAUGACAUUAAAGCCUCCAAUUAAA